AGAACACCCCAGGAACCCACCCCUACUACCAGGUACUAACAUAACAGGUACUACUAAGACAACCGGUACUAACUACCAGGUACUACGACUACUAAUCCACUGAUAUUCCACCUCUAUCGGUCCACUCAACGAUGACUCGAGAGCCGCCGCUUCUUCGGCCGGGAUGAUGCCGUGGUCUGGUCCCACAGACAGAUGGUAUAUUCGUGGAGGGUCCCCUGCAGUGGGCCUGGAGAGAGAGAGAGAUACAAGAAAAGAGGUGGCUCUGAAUCGAUUUUUCUUUCUUGAGCCCGGUUCUCCUCCAGCAUGGUGUUCCGUUCGAUUGUGGUAGCCUGGUCGCUGGCUGUCCUUGCAGUCAGGGCGAUUCCGCUGGGGGUAAACAUCGUCUCGCACACAUCCAACGUGCCGUGCACAGGAAAUUCAGCGUCCGAUCGAUCCGUCUGGUGCGACCAUGACAUCCAUACAGACUACUACAACGUCGUUCCCGACACCGGAGUCACUCGAGAAUACUGGUUGGAGCUGGUGAACGUCACAGCGGCGCCCGAUGGCGUUCCACGGACCGUCUUGACGGUGAACGGCACCGUCCCCGGACCAACGCUCUAUGCCGACUGGGGGGAUCGGAUCAAGGUGCAUGUGCACAACGGGCUGGAGAACAAUGGCACGAGCAUGCAUUUCCACGGUGUUCGCCAGAACAACACCAACACACAGGAUGGCGUCAGUUCCAUCACCCAAUGCCCCGUCGCGCCGGGCGAGAGCAUCACGUACGAGUGGCGAGCAACCGAGUACGGCUCGACAUGGUACCACUCGCACUUUGCCCUCCAGGCGUGGGGGGGAGUUUUUGGCGGCAUCAUCAUCAACGGACCCGCCUCGGCCAACUAUGAUGAAGAUGCGGGCGUGCUGUUCCUCAACGACUGGGACCACCGGACCGUCGACUCGCUGUAUCAGCAAGCCCAGAUCAGUGGACAACCGUGGCUGCAGACCGGGUUGAUCAAUGGUACGAAUGUCUGGGUGGAGGAGUCCGAUGGCGAGGUGGUCGGCUCGCGCUUCGAGAUGACCGUCUCCCGGGGGAAAUCCUAUCGCCUUCGGAUCUAUAGUGCUGCAAUCGGGGCGUCGUUAAGGUUCAUGAUCGACAACCACGUCUUGAUGGUCAUUGCGGCCGAUUUGGUCCCCAUUCAGCCAUACAACACGACUUCCCUGCUUCUGGUCGCAGGGCAACGCUACGAUGUGAUUGUGACUGCCAAUCAGGACGCCGUCGCGUCUGACUUUUGGAUUCGAUCUAUCCCUCAGGUGGCCUGUUCCAAGGUCCACAACGUGGACAACAUCAAGGGUAUUCUCCAUUACGGCACUGGCAACGCUUCCACACCAACCACAUCCCCCUGGAACUUUACAGACUCGUGUCUAGACGAACCCGCCAGCAGUCUAGUACCCAUAGUCCCGGUCGAUGCGUCCCCGGAAAUGACCUGGAACAGUGAGAUGACGAAUGCCUCGCUGAAUGCCGACGGUCUGAUCAGAUGGUCCAUGGGACCGACCAGCUUCAAGUCCGAAUGGGAUAACCCGACCCUGCUUCAAGUCGCCAACGGAACCACCGUCUGGCCCGAGGUAGCGCACGUCGUUCCCUUCGAGGGAGUCAACGAAUGGAUCGCCAUCGAGAUCCAAGCUGGAACCAGCGAACCGCAUCCUAUUCAUUUGCAUGGCCAUGACGUCCUUAUCCUCGCAUCAGGCACCGGACAAUACGUGAGAGACAACGUCUCACUACAGCUGCACAACCCUCCCCGACGGGACACCGUCAUGCUGCCUGGAGACGGGUACAUGGUAAUUGCCUUCCAGACCAACAACCCGGGCGCCUGGCUUCUGCAUUGCCAUAUCGGCUGGCACCAGGCAGAAGGGUACGCCAUGCAGUUCCUCGUGCGGUACGCGGAGAUCGAGUCCAUGAUCGACACCACGGCGUUGGAGACGACCUGUCGUGCGUGGGAUCGGUAUAUGGCCAUUGCCUCGCCAGAAGAUGAUUCCGGGAUAUGAGUUUCUGGACAUACUAUAAUUCUCUCGACUCAGACUAGCGAUCCCCUGUCAAUGCUUCUACCUUCUAUGAUAUAUGUUGGUUAUGAUAAUGUAUAAAUGUUGUUGCAGACUAAACAGUUAAUUAAGAAUAUUAAUAGUUCUAAUAAAGAG